GGGGCUUCAUUGUUCGCGCUGCGCCGGGUUGUUUAGUGUAAUUGCCGCGGAAGAAGGAGGCGGACUGCGGUCAGCCGAGAAACCCCGCUAUUCCGCAGCCAUAACCGCUCAAAAGAUUUGGGAGGUAGUAAAGGGUAGGGAGCUGGACCUCGAGGCGCCGGCGCGACAGCAGCAGCCAUGGAGGACGAGAUGCCCAAGACUCUAUAUGUCGGCAACCUUUCCAGAGAUGUGACAGAAGCUCUAAUUCUCCAGCUCUUUAGCCAGAUUGGACCUUGUAAAAACUGCAAAAUGAUUAUGGAUACAGCUGGAAAUGAUCCAUACUGUUUUGUGGAGUUUUAUGAGCAUCGUCAUGCAGCUGCAGCACUAGCUGCUAUGAAUGGGCGGAAGAUAAUGGGUAAGGAAGUCAAAGUGAAUUGGGCAACAACCCCCAGCAGUCAAAAGAAAGAUACAAGCAAUCAUUUCCAUGUCUUUGUUGGUGAUCUCAGUCCAGAAAUUACAACUGAAGAUAUAAAAGCUGCUUUUGCACCAUUUGGAAGAAUAUCAGAUGCCAGAGUGGUAAAAGACAUGGCAACAGGAAAGUCUAAAGGAUAUGGCUUUGUCUCCUUUUUCAACAAAUGGGAUGCUGAAAACGCCAUUCAACAGAUGGGUGGCCAGUGGCUUGGUGGAAGACAAAUCAGAACUAACUGGGCAACCCGAAAGCCUCCAGCUCCAAAGAGUACAUAUGAGUCAAACACCAAACAGCUAUCAUAUGAUGAGGUUGUAAAUCAGUCUAGUCCAAGCAACUGUACUGUAUACUGUGGAGGUGUCACUUCUGGGCUGACAGAACAACUAAUGCGUCAGACUUUUUCACCAUUUGGGCAAAUAAUGGAAAUUCGAGUCUUUCCAGAUAAAGGAUAUUCAUUUGUUCGGUUCAAUUCCCAUGAAAGUGCAGCACAUGCAAUCGUUUCUGUUAAUGGAACUACCAUUGAAGGUCAUGUCGUGAAAUGCUAUUGGGGCAAAGAAACUCUUGAUAUGAUAAAUCCUGUGCAACAGCAGAAUCAAAUUGGAUAUCCACAAGCUUAUGGCCAGUGGGGCCAGUGGUAUGGAAAUGCACAACAAAUUGGGCAGUAUAUGCCUAAUGGUUGGCAGGUACCUGCAUAUGGAAUGUAUGGCCAGGCAUGGAAUCAGCAGGGAUUUAAUCAGACACAGUCUUCUGCACCGUGGAUGGGACCAAAUUACGGAGUACAGCCACCUCCAGGACAGAAUGGCAGCAUGUUGCCUAAUCAGCCUGCAGGGUAUCGAGUGGCAGGGUAUGAAACCCAGUGAAAAAGGACUCCAUAAUCUAAAGCCAGUGGCUUGAGGCUACAGGGAGUGUAGUAAAGCCGUUGUUUACUUAAAGAUUUAUCAAAUCAGUCAGUGCAAAUGUCAGAUACAAUGUAUUUAUUUAAAAGAUUCAUUUUUUAAUCAUGAAAUUACUUAUCAUCCACAUUGUUUUAAAAAGAAACAAGAUGCUGGAUGUCUGCCAAUUUUUGCCUUCAUUACCUUUUUUGAUAAAGUUUCUCAGAUCCUUGUUUCAAAUACAAAUGCAGGGAUUGCUGCCACUUUUUUAAAAUUAAGAGGCAGAAAAUUGCACAAUGUUGAACUUUUUUCCACUAAAGUAGUGUGCAGUUCUAGUUUGCAUUCCUGAUAUGAUUUAAAACAUGUAAUAUAAAGAUGUUAAAAAUGAAGAACCAAAACUGUGCAAAGUCUAGAAGUUCUUUGUAAUCUUCAGCUUGCGCACAAUUCUGUUUUAGGGUUUUUUGUUUUUUUUUUAAAGCAUUGUUUGAACUGUCCCAUCUCCACUGUUUCCCUUUGGGGUUUUAAAAUAUAAAUUAUUAGUUUACAUCAUUUUUGUAACUACAUUUUUCACAAAUUUGUCUUGCCUUAUUAAAUUUCUGUAAAAUAUACCUAAAUGGGGGAAAAAUGAUGUUCACUUAGAUUGAAAACUUUUCUCAGAUGGAUUGAUAAUUGCAUUCAUUUUGUGUUUUAUAUGAGAAGGUGCCUCAAGAAUUCCCUCUUGGAUUUGUUUAAAGGAUUUUUAUCUUCUGUGAUAAACUUUGCUGUGUACCAGGAAAUACAAAAACAAAAACUUGCUACUAAAGAAAAUCUCUGAAAUGUGAGACAUUCUUAUGAGCCCGUGUUAAUUUCAUGUGUCAACUUCUACAUUUACGUGUAUUGUUUCAUUCUGUAAAAUGUUUUAGCAAUUUAAUAUUUUGCACAGUUAGCAAGCUUUGUAUGUCAUUUCCUUCUUAAAGGCAUCAUGCAGAGUUGACAGGAGAUUUCUAAGGUUUUAAGUUGUUUGCAUGUGAAUAUCAAAUACACACUUUGGUAGUCUUUGAAUACAAAGUCAUCUGCUCUUGUUUUUCAAGAAUUUUGAGACAGAAAGUUGUAUGUAAAGGAACAUAUUAAUUUGCCAUUUUCUAGUUAUAUUUACUCAAGAGUAAAUCAACUUAAUUUUAAUACGUACAAAUGAUAGCUGUGAAACUGUAUAAUAUCCUAUAUCAGGCUUGGAGUUCGUUGUGAACUUCAAAAUUAGCCUGAAGGACCAGCCGGGCAAAGCAUUUUUUAAAUGUUCAGAGGCCAAAAGAUAAAACAAAACAAAAAAACCUUAAAAUCCUACCUCCUUAAACAGCCUUCAAAGAGGAGAAUCCUCAGUGCAAUCAUUAUUUUGAUUCUUUUGGUACCUGUUUUCCUGGAGUUCCCAAUUUUAUUAUUUUGGGGUGGCUCCGAGCAUUAGGUUUAAUCUUUGAUGGCAUUGUUCUAGUUUUGAAAUUUCUAGUACAUUUCAGAGUCUCUUAGAAGAGUUGUGGGAGAUUUUGUUUUGUUUUCAGUGAAAGUCACAAACUUUCUUCUUCCUUUACUCACAAAGGGGAAGAGUCCCCCAGUAUACAUAUUUGGACGGUUUGUUGUUUUUAAGACCUUCAGAGAGCUCCUAGCAUUUAGCAACAGAAAAGGCCUGUGAAAUCUUAAGUUUCCUGGCCUUGUCUCUUCCAGGUAGGAGCAAAUUAAGCUGGUCUCUAAAGCCAAUAUUCAUGUAAACCAGAGCCCAGGAAAGACAGCUCAUAAGUGUUUAAUUCUCUGGAGCUCAAUUCUAUGCAGUUGUACUGAUGUUUCAUUACGUACGUCACUGUGUAUUUUUAAGUGUUGUUACAUUAAAAGUUGCUUUAUGGAAGAUGAGUAAAUUUUUUAAAUACUUGGGAAUUUUAUUUCCAUGUUAACGUCUACAGAUCAGGACAUGCGACCAGAAGCAGCUUAAAUGAAAUACUCAAAAA